UGUCAAAGUGAAUAAAUACCGUGUGUCAGUCCCACUGGCCAGUUACCACCGACUUCUGCGGAACCAUGAUCCAUUUCAGCACCACACUCGCACUGGCAGCAACCUUACUGCUUCUAAUUCCAGGUGUUGCUGCGGAGACGGUUGUCACUUGUAAUGUCGACACUGUCCAUCGCCUGAGCUGUGACACUGGAGUGAUCAGCGUGCAGGCGGCGCUGUAUGGACGUGCAGACGCUGAGACCUGCAGUGAGGGAAUACCUCAGAGUCAGCUCGCCGAUACAAAGUGCUCUCAGGAGGGCACAGUCAAGGUCCUCCAGAGCAGGUGUGAUGGGAGAAAGGCGUGUGAAGUAAGCGUGAAUGUCUUCGGAACACCAAAUCCCUGCGUGGGCACCUUUAAAUAUCUGCAGACCACCUUCACCUGCCUUCCUGCAAUUCACAGUGUGACAUGUGAGCACUCCUUGACCCACCUGACCUGUGAUCAAGGGCUGAUUAUAUCCGUCUAUGGUGCCACUUAUGGACGCCAUGACCAGACCACAUGCGUCUACGGGCGGCCUGCCUCUGAGACCCAAAAUACGGACUGCUCGCAGCCCGGCAGCAGCGUUUCUCAAAGCUGCAAUGGGAAAAACAGCUGUAUCAUAACAGCGAGCAACUCAGUGUUUGGAGACCCCUGUCCCGGAACUUACAAGUACCUAGAGGUGGCUUACAUAUGUGAAUUUCAGACUACCAAUCCAGAGACGUCUCUUCCCUUGAUCCGGCAGUAUAAGUACCGGUGUGUAUGUUCCCAUUCUCCACAUCAGCCUGGAUGUCCUGCAGUCAUGUUCAGCUUCAAAGUCAGCACCAUGCUGUUGCUGGCAUGUUCCAUCAUCAGAGCAGUGGAUUCCACGAAGAAAGUUACCACCUGUUACAACGGCGACAAUGUCCAGCGCCUGAGCUGUGAUACCGGAGUGAUCCAAGUGCAUUCAGCCCUGUACGGACGUAAGGACAAUGAGACCUGCAGUGAGGGAAGACCUCCGUGACAACUUGCCGAUACAACUUGUUCUCUGGCGGGCACAACGGCGUUGCUCAAGAGGAGGUGUGAUGGCAAGAGGGAGUGUGAACUGAACCUGAACACCGUUCGUACCUCUGAUCCCUGCCGUGGAAUCUCCAAAUACCUGCAAACCAUCUACUCCUGCUUCCCAGCAAUUCACUUUGCUACAUGUGAGGGCUCUUUGGCAAAUCUCCAAUGCGAUCAAGGACUGCAAAUACGAGUGUACGGUGCCGACUACGGUCGCCGAGACACCACCACCUGCAUUUACAAGCGGCCCGAUGCUCAGGUUCAAAAUGUCCUCUGCUCAGCCCCCAGCCCCAAAGUUGCUGAACGCUGCAAUGGGAAAAACAACUGUACUAUCAGUGCCACCAACUCAGUGUUUGGAGACCCCUGUGGUGGCACUUACAAGUACUUGGAGGUGGCUUACAUAUGUCAGUAUGCUUAGGUCUCUCCAACGCAGCUUUCAGAAUAUUAAUCUGUGUUAACCGGCUGGCGUCAGUCAUAAAUCAAUAAAUAUGCAUUUAAUCAAAUAUAUUUGUCAGUUGCUCAAUGUGUUUAUUACCUAUGAAUGAGAAAAAAGGAAAAACAAACAACUGCAGAAUCUGGUUGCAGAUACAGAAUUAUACCGCUUUGGAAGUUACAUCCAUGAAGGUUGUUAAUGAGUUGGAGUUGACGCUUUUCUCGGCAGUGAGCAUUAGCAGCAGGACAUUCUUAAAUCUUAGUUAGACAUAAUCUGCUGCUGCUUAAAGGGGAGGUUAAAAUAUUAUAGGAGCUGUCCUUGGAGGAAUACACGUGAAACACGUGAGAGAUAUAAACAUGUACCAGAAUGGUUCCACUUCUUGCCAAGCAGGAAACAUGAUGACAUACUCUUUCAACAUAACCACCAAAUGAGUAGUGUGUUUUAUAAAUUACCGCCUUUUUUAUUUCUCUAUUUUUUUAUUGUGAGCUUUUUCCACCUCUCUCCUUGAGCUGUUUUUUGUAAUGUUGGUUAUCACAUUGAGAACUAUUUUUCUCAUCAUCUGAAGCCACAUUAAGUAAGUCAGCGCCGUCUUUCAUUGUUCUUACACAUUUGAGGAAGAUCGAGCUAUUGUUUUGAGAUGACGACAUCCCUUGAUCCGGCAGUAUAAGUACCGGUGUGUAUGUUCCCAUUCUCCACAUCAGCCUGGAUCUCCUGCAGUCAUGUUUGUCAGGGGAGAAUUUGUUGAGGUGCAUAUUGUGAGAGUCUCAAGAACUCGUAUGUGACCUUUCUUGGGAAACUCGUGACCUGACCUAGUCUACGAUGAAAUCCAUAUGUGGCUUGGACAGACCAUAUCAUGUUCUUCUAUUUACCUUUCUCCUGUGUUUUCCUCUCUGUCUAAAUGAUUGAUUUGGUCCCACUAAGGGAGGGUCGCGGAGGUUCCCGAAACAACAUCUGGUUACCAUUCCUCGAACCUUCAGAGAUGUAUAAAAGCUCCUGGUUCCCCCCAGAAACUUUGUCAGAUCUUCCUGCUCCUUUUGGGGGAAGGAACAUUCUGUCCCUUUUCAGCUGAAUUGUAGUCAUUUGACUUCUGUCUGUACUUACGGCUUGUGUUGAUGAUUUUUGUAUACUUAUGAUUUUUCCUAUACCCUAGCUAGUAAAACACUUAAUCAAAA